AUGGUCUUAUCUGUCUACAAGCAUCCUCAGUGCCUGCCAGCCUACGUAAGAAUCGACAGUUUUACCUCUGGUCUUUUCCUCUGGCUCAUGUGGGAAAACAUGCCUUCUGAGAAACUUCAGAUCUUCGUCAAGCGUAUCCCUGAGGACCCCUCUGUUGCCAAGGCCAUCAAGAAGAUCCGGAACAUGUUGCCAAACACGAGCAUCGAGGUUGUCACGGAAAAAGAAGGAAUAGUCUGGGAUCUUGGAGAGAGUGACGAAAACGAACCGAUUUCUGUUCCCCCCUCCGAAGCAUCUGAUGUCGAGGAUGAGGCAAAAUUGUUAUCUCAAUUAUCUAACUAG